AAGGAUGGGAAUUUGAUUGCCAUUUCGGUGUUCACAUUCUGACCGUCAUAAUCCGGCUUCUGCGAUGACAUACGCCGCCGCGCCGUACGCGCAAUCCACCCUUGGCCUCGACUAUAACAACGUACUACAAAGUGUCCUGAACCCAUAACGAACGCAAGGCAAAUAAUAUGUCGGCAGGAAAAUCAGCACUCAUCUUAGGAGCUACUGGAGCUACUGGAAAGUUCCUCCUUCAGGAGCUGUUGAAGUCUCCUGCAUAUUCUCGUGUUGGAGAAUAUGGUCGGAGAGUGACCCCAUCUGAGGAUAUCACCGCAGGGAAGGAGAAGCUCGUCCAGAAGACGAUUGAUUUUGAGAAGUUGGGUGAGAGCGGGCUGAAAGAGGGGAACUGGGACGUUGUUUUCGUCACAUUGGGAACGAGGAGAGCAAACGUUGAGAGUAAUGCUGCUUUUGAAAAGGUUGACAGAGAAUACGUCGUGAAUGCUAUGCGAGAGGCUAAGAGCGACGAUUCUGCUGUGGGGCAGCGUCUUGUAUAUGUCUCGGCUAUUGGAGCCAAUCCGAAGUCGUAUCUUCUGUAUACAAGGUCAAAAGGUUUGACCGAGCAAGAGCUCUCGAAACUCGGAUAUAAGGAUACCAUCAUCUUCCGGCCGGCUUCACUUACGGAAGGUAAACGUACAGAACACAGAUUUUUAGAGUCGAUCGCUAUCUCCAUUGCCAACCUAAGGCAAUCCUGGCAAAACACUUACACAAUCCCGUGCCCUACUUUCGCAAAGGCCUUGAAGAAUACUGGCGUUCUUGAUAAGGCUACCAUCGAGAAGUAUGCAACGAAAGAUGCAGAUGUACCUUUCACUCUCAUAGAAAAUGACGGUAUUCGGCCUCUUGCAGAUGAGUCUGUCUAGAUUGUCGAAUAGGCACUUCGUUUUGCGGCUGGGCGUCCUAUCACAUUGAAUCUUGAUAUAUCGGAAUGAACCACGACUUUUUGAACUGGAAUGGAGGAAAGGAAUUUGCACCUAUUACGGUGCCACUGACUUGCCAUUCAAGCCAGCGUAUCGACAUACUCUCGCUCACGAUGCAUCGAGGUUCGGAUUGCCAGGACGAAGCUGCAUGUUGUCGUAAUCUGCAUUCUUGCCAUAUAUACGUUGUUCCCUUUGGUUGUCACCUGAGCACCAUCGGACAAUGGACUAGUCAAAUCUGAACACUAUCUGGAAAGUACUAACACAAUUCCUCAUCAUAUUCCUUGAGGCGCUUAACAGGCGGAAAUAAUAUGGCACGUCCACA